CAGUCCUCACUGCAACCUGCAGAACCGUGUGGGAGUUUGCCUUCGUCCCUCCUGCGUCUGAGCUCCGUCUCCACUGGAAGCAUGAGCCGCCAAUUCACCUGCAAGUCGGGAGCUGCUGCCAAGGGGGGCUUCAGUGGCUGCUCGGCUGUGCUCUCGGGGGGCAGCUCGUCCUCCUACAGGGUAGGGGGCAAAGGGCUCAGCGGGGGCUUCGGAAGCAGGAGCCUGUACAACCUGGGCGGCGUCCGGAGCAUCACCCUCAACCUGGCCAGCGGCAGCGGGAAGAGCGGAGGGUAUGGAUUUGGCCGGGGCCGGGCCAGCGGCUUUGCUGGCAGCAUGUUUGGCAGUGUGGCCCUGGGACCUGUGUGCCCGACUGUGUGCCCGCCUGGAGGCAUCCACCAGGUCACCGUCAACGAGAGCCUCCUGGCCCCGCUCAACGUGGAGCUGGACCCCGAGAUCCAGAAAGUGCGGGCGCAGGAGCGGGAGCAGAUCAAGGCUCUGAACAACAAGUUCGCCUCCUUCAUCGAUAAGGUGCGGUUCCUGGAGCAGCAGAACCAGGUGCUGGAGACCAAGUGGGAGCUGCUGCAGCAGCUGGACCUGAACAACUGCAAGAACAACCUGGAGCCCAUCCUCGAGAGCUACAUUGGCAACCUGCGGAAGCAGCUGGAGGUGCUGUCCGGGGACAGGGUGAGGCUGGACUCGGAGCUGAGGAACGUGCGGGACGUGGUGGAGGACUACAAGAAGAGGUACGAGGAAGAAAUCAACAGGCGGACGGCUGCAGAGAACGAGUUUGUGCUGCUCAAGAAGGAUGUGGAUGCGGCUUAUGCCAAUAAGGUGGAGCUGCAGGCCAAGGUGGACUCCAUGGACCAGGAGAUCAAGUUCUUCAAGUGUCUCUAUGAAGCCGAGAUCGCUCAGAUCCAGUCCCACAUCAGCGACAUGUCUGUCAUCCUGUCCAUGGACAACAACCGGGACCUGAACCUGGACAGCAUCAUUGAUGAGGUCCGUGCCCAGUAUGAGGAAAUCGCCCUCAAGAGCAAGGCCGAGGCCGAGGCGCUGUACCAGACCAAGUUCCAGGAGCUGCAGCUGGCGGCUGGCCGGCAUGGGGAUGACCUCAAAAACACCAAGAACGAGAUCUCGGAGCUCACUCGGCUCAUCCAGAGGAUCCGCUCAGAGAUUGAGAAUGUGAAGAAGCAGGCUUCCAAUCUGGAGACGGCCAUUGCUGAUGCCGAGCAGCGGGGGGACAAUGCCCUGAAGGACGCCCGGGCCAAGCUGGAUGAGCUGGAGGCUGCCCUGCACCAGGGCAAGGAGGAGCUGGCUCGGAUGCUGCGCGAGUACCAGGAGCUCAUGAGCCUGAAGCUGGCCCUGGACAUGGAGAUCGCCACCUACCGCAAGCUGCUGGAGAGCGAGGAGUGCCGGAUGUCAGGAGAAUUUCCCUCCCCCGUCAGCAUCUCCAUCAUCAGCAGCACCAGCGGCAGCGCUGGCUAUGGCUACCGGCCCAGCUCGGUCAGCGGAGGCUACGUGGCCAACAGCAGCAGCUGCAUCUCCGGAGUGUGCAGUGUCCGCGGUGGGGAGGGCCGGAGCCGGAGCAGCACCAGCGACUCCAAGGAUGCCCUGGGGAAGGGCUCCAGCCUGAGCGCCCCCUCCAAGAAGGCCAGUCGGUAGAGAGGGCUGCCCCAUGCCCCUCCGCCGUCCCUGUGUCCCGCAUCUGGCUCCCCCAGCCACUGUCAGCCCUACCCCAACCCUGCCAGCCCUGCUCUUGUACCUCUGGUGCUGGACUUGGCCACCUACUCCUCCCAACCUGUGUCUUCCCCAGCCUGGAUGGUGUGGACGACUAAGCUUGGUGAAAUUCCUCUCUGCACCAGCUGGUGUUUGCCUCCUUGGCUGUGGUCCCCCAGCCAUGCCACCAGCGCAGCCCCUGGUUCCCAGCCUUCUGUCCUCUGCACAGCUUCUGGCUCAGUUGCUAAUUACUCUGUCUGGCUCCAUGGAUCUCAGACUGAGACCCCCUUUCACACUGGGGCCUUUGUCCCAGCUCCUGCCCCAUGAGGGGAGCUGGUUCUGUGUUCAGGAAAAAGAGGGCUGGAGGGUAAAUGACCAGGCGAGGCCAUCCCCACCCCACCCUGGCUGUCUCGCGGCUCAUUCUGAGUGGACCAAGUGCAACCCAGGGUCUCUUUCUCCCCUCUCCUGCAUCCACAAGCAGAGAAGAGGAGGCCCGUUCCUUUCUCCUUUCUUCUUAAAGGCCCUCCCACUGCAUCCUCAAUAAACAGCAGAGUCUGAUGGCUUGGUCUCUGAGUAA